GAAAGCGAAAGGCUUCCAGAGAGAGAGGGGAGGAGGUGAAGGAGAGAGUGUGAGAGAAGAAGGGAGGGAGAGGGACAGGAAAAGAGGAGAGAGACAGAGAGGGCAAAGAGGGACCUAGAGAUAGGGAGACGGCCAGGCGCAGGGAGAUAACGCGAAGUUCAGAGAUAACCGCGUCUUCCAGGGCGAGAGCUGUGCAAGAAGGCGCUAGAGCGUCAGUGGAGCCCUGGUGGGCGCCGUGAGCGAGCCUUCUCCCUGCUCUUCCUCCUCCUCCUCCUCCUCCCUCCGCCCGCCUUCUUCCAGAGCAGCCCCUUCGGUCCUGCCUCCCCCCCCCCCCUUCCCCGAGUUCUCCGGAGGCUCGGCAUUGGCUGCCCGGGCGGCGACGUCACGGGGACGGGGCGGGAGGCGUCGUCGGAGGCGCGGGAGAGGCUCACCGCCGGAGAGGCUGGCUGGCGCAAACCAUGCUGGAGCCCCGGAGCAAGUGGCGGCGUUGGCGGCGGCGGCGGCGGCGCUUCCAGGAGCUACAAAGAGUCCCGGUCUCUUUCUUCUCUUUGACGCUCCGCUCGGCCUGGAUGAUGCCCUGAGCGGCUGGACAGCCAUGGGAGAUGGCUGGGUCUUCCUAAGCGACAGCCUCCAGAACCGGACCAACUCCAGCAGCAGCAACACCUCGUCCCUGCCCAGCCCGGGCGCCUUGCCCCUGGCCCCCAAGGAGCUGUCCCAGCAGUGGGUGGUGGGCAUGAGCCUCCUGAUGUCCCUGAUGGUGGCCUUCAUCGUGGUGGGCAAUGGAUUAGUCAUCGCUGCUAUUGGGCGCACACAGCGCCUCCAGACCCUCACCAACGUCUUCAUCACCUCCUUGGCCUGCGCCGACCUGGUUAUGGGCUCUGUGGUGGUUCCCUUUGGGGCCACGCUGGUGGUGCGCGACACCUGGCUCUGGGGCUCCUUUCUGUGCGAGUGCUGGACCUCGGUGGACGUCCUCUGCGUCACGGCGAGCAUCGAGACCCUCUGCGUCAUUGCCAUCGACCGCUACCUCGCCAUCACCUCUCCCUUCCGCUACCAGAGCCUCAUGACCAAGAAGCGGGCCAAAAUCAUUGUCUGCGUGGUGUGGGCCAUCUCGGCUUUGGUCUCCUUCCUGCCCAUUAUGAUGCAGUGGUGGAGGGACGACGACCCCGAGGCCUUAUUGUGCUACGAUGAUCCCGGCUGCUGCGACUUUGUCACCAACAGGGCCUACGCCAUCGCCUCCUCCAUCAUCUCCUUCUACGUCCCCCUCUUUGUGAUGAUUUUUGUCUACAUCCGCGUCUACCGAGAAGCGAAGGAGCAGAUGAAGAAGAUCGACAAGUGUGAGGGCCGUUUCUACAACAACCAUCACCAACAGCAGCAGCACCAACACCCGCUGACCCACCAACAACUGCCGAUCCUGGGCAACGGUCCGGCCACCAGGAGGAAAACCUCCCGCAUCUUAGCCGUACGGGAGCAGAAGGCCCUCAAGACUUUGGGCAUCAUCAUGGGGGUCUUCACAUUGUGCUGGCUGCCUUUCUUCUUGGUCAAUGUGGUCAAGGUCUUCAACCGAGGGCUGGUUCCAGAUCAACUCUUUGUCUUCUUCAACUGGUUGGGCUACGCCAACUCCGCCUUCAACCCCAUCAUCUACUGCAGGAGCCCUGAUUUCCGGAAGGCCUUCAAGAGGAUGCUGUGCUGUCCAAGGAAAGCGGACCGGAGGCUACACGCCAGCGCUGGGGAGCUCUCUCGGUACCCGGGGGGCUUCAUUAGUACUCUAGGAGAUACUGCCCCAUGCACUCUUGGAGGGACGUGGUCCGAUUACAAUGGUGGUGCCCGGGAUGGAAGUGACUCCAGCUUAGAGGACAGGAACAGUAAAACCUCUCAUUCAGAAUCCAAGGGUUGACACAACUCGACAGCAUACCAUGAAUGCAGUGAGUGGCUUGCCACCAUUGGUCCACUUUGGGUAGCUGUUUUCAUGAUUCAUGGCUGUUAGAGACAACUUGAAGUAGAAGUUGGGUCCAGUUUGCCUGAAGACUGCAUCUCCUCCUGACAUGACUUUGCCUGCUUUCUGAGAUCUUCAGGAGAUGACUUCCUAUCAGCCCCGCCAUAUCAAGAAGCAUAUCUGGCAAGGACACUUGAGAGGGCCUUUUUGGUGGGUGAUUCCAGGGUGUUGAAAUCCCUUCCUCAGAAGACUCUGCCAGCAAGCAAUUAUCUUUUUAUUUAGAGAAACCUUUGACAAUCAAUUGAUUGUAUACAAAGAACUUUUAUUCUUGCUGUUACAUUUUAAAAUACGUUUAUACUGUUUUAAAUUAAUACUGGUUUAUUUAAUUUUCUUAUUUUGUCAUUACGUUUUUUAAGUUGUGCUGUGUUUUAAUAUGAUCUGCCUUGGGUCCCAUGUUGGGAGAAAAGUGGUAUCUAAAUUAAACAAAUCAACAGAGAGAAAAGUUUGCAGUAUAAUGCUUCUCCCCUCACUAGAUUACUGUGGCCUACUGGUAAUCAUUGCGUAUUAAUUGAUGCCUUCCACAAUUGGGUAAUUAAUAGGUGUUGACAGCAUCCGUCAUGAUUAGUAAGUAACAACAGAGUUUCCAGGGGGUUUGUGGAAGUAUCUGCUUGUGUUACAAUACUGAAUCUUGUUCUUGCAAGUAUUCCAGUUUGCUGAUGGUGAUCCACAAGAUCACUGCAACAUUAUGCUCCUGAUAUCCCUGAUAUAGCAGCUGCUUUUUGUGUGUCAGGAGCAACUUGAAAACAUACUGCAAGUCACUUCUAGUGUGAGAGAAUUAGCCGUCUGCAAGGACAUUGCCCAGGGGAAGCCCAGAUAUUUUGGUGUUUUUACCAUCCUUGUGGGAGGCUUAUCUCAUGUCCCCGCAUGGAGCUGGAGCUGAUAGAGGGAGCUCAUUCACACUCUCCCCAGGUUGGAUUCGAAGUAACAACCUUCAGGUCAGCAACACAACCUUCAAGUCAUCAGUCCUACUGGCACAAUGGUUCCACCUACUGCACCAUCGGGGGCUCCUAUAGAAUAGUUAUGCAGAAACAGAGCGUAUACCUUCCUUAGGAAAGAUCUCUAAAUCAAUUGGUGUAGACACUAGGGUCAGAAAAACCCCUAUAAAGAAUUAAACCUGCAUACCAGGUCCUUGACACUGCAACUGAGUUUUGAAAUAUUAAUUUUUAAGGCUAUACAGGUUGCUUAUAUCUUAUCCAAAUACUUGGAGCCAGAAGCGCUUGAAAUUUUUUCAGACAUUGUAAUAUUUGUAUUUGCAUAUGUAUACAUAAUGGAAUAUGAAGGUGGAACCAAAUAUAAACCAAAUUCAAUAAUAA